AUGGAGCGUUCACGCGGGGUUCUUUUUCUCUUUCUUUUUCUUGUUUUUAUAUUUGCAUCAAUUAGUAGUAUUCAUGUGGUUUACUCUGCUGCUGCAGAGCUAGCAGAGGCUGGCUCGGUUAUGGUGGGAGAGCAGCAAGAGGAGCUGGAAGCAGCAGGUGCAGCAGCAGCAGCAGCAGGAUCGGAGCAGCAGCAGCAGCUUGACGACAACGGCUCUGAGGACGGUGACACGGGAGCAGCAGCAGAUGCAGAAGGAGAAGGAGAAGCAAAUGAUGAUGAUUUUGUAAAUGAGGAUUCAAGUCUACGCAAAGAGGAGGACAGACCAAGAACAACGAAGCGUCUAUACACCACAAAAAAGAGUAUGCGUCCAGGUGCUGCUGGCGGCAAUCAACUUGCAAAAGGAAAAUUUGCUUCUGUUGCUGCUCUGCUGCUGCUCGUCAGCCUCUUUAUAGGUCUCCGCAGCAAGCUGGGACAGGCAGAGGAUGAGGAGGAGGAGGAGGAGGUUGAGGAGGAGAGGAAACGCAGUGCGCACCGACCAACGGCGGCAGCAGCAGAAGCAGCAGCAGCAGUAGUAGUAGUAGUAAUAGCAGCAGUUGUUGCUGCUGCUGCAGCAGCAGCAGCAGCUCUCCUACCUCACGUCCUCAUGCUGCCAGAGGCGCCCCUUACGCUCUCAGUGAUGCCCAGGGGAGACCAGGGCACUGCUGCAACACCCGGCAGCAGCAGCAGCAGCAGCAGCUGCAGCAGCAGCAGCAGCAACAGCAGCAGCAGCAGCAGCAGCAAUGGCAGCAGCAGCGGGAGGCCGGCGGAGGUCUGGUGCGGGCGAAGCUGA